UUUUUUCUAUCUUUUAUUGUUUCAGAGUUGCAGUCUAUUCCAGUUGCGUGGGACACUUUAUAAAGGAAUCCAUUAUUGGAACGAUCGAGAAGAACGGUGCUCCGUGAGGUGAAGAACGGACGGAAGGUGGUUCCGGAAGAUAUCCGCGAGCUUUCGUGAGAACAACCAGUGAGAGAGUAAACUACAGAUCCGACCUUGACGUGUGUAACCACCAGCCACGAUCACACACACACACAAUCAUCGAAACAGCUGUCUGACUCUCAAUUCAGAGAGAUUUAUUCGAGUUUCACGACUGAUCUCUCGGCACCGUUCGUGACCUCGAUAGAGCUCAUCCACCUGGUUGUGGAUAACUUGAUCUUUCUCUCUUUCUCUCUCUCUUUUUCUCGGGCAAACGCCGCAGGAUCUACUUGAAAGGUCGAGGCCAUCUCUCUCAGGUUCACCUGCGACAAGAGUCGCACGAUGUAGCGGCUCUUUCAUUUCGUCACCCUUCUCGUCGAAUCGAUAGGACUCCGCGUGUUAUGUGCGUCCUCUGCUAAGAGACAGAGAGAGAGACAAAACCGUCUGCGGAGAGAGAGAGAUUUUCGUGUCAGGGGAGGAGGGCUCGCCACACCAUGAAAACGAUGGGCGACGUGGUGGCAGAUCCUGCGGACGAGCAGGACGUCGGGACGUCUACCUCCUCGACGCAGAACCCCACCGUCGGCAAGGAAUUCGGCCAGAAGACCCUCCGAUCGUUGAAGAGGGGGCUGGGUAGAUUGUGGAGGAGACAUCGCGGCAACGCCUCGAUCACCGAGUACGAUCCGUGCUACAAAGUCGCCUAUCUUGGCAACGUUCUCACCGGAUGGGCCAAGGGCGAGGGCUGCGUGGAGAAACCGGUGUCGACGUUGUGGCGCAAUUACGUUACCAGCACCAGGCCGGACGUGUCGAUGAGGCUGACCGUCACCAACGGCGGCUUGACCGCCACGACGAAAGAUCACGGCCUGACGGAGUACUGGGCGCACCGGGUGACUUAUUGUACAGCACCAGCUUCCCACCCGCGCCUCUUCGUCUGGGUAUACCGGCACGAAGGACGGAGGCUGAGGCCGGAGCUCAGGUGCCACGCUGCCCUUUGCAGCAAGGAGUCCACCGCGAGGAGGCUUGCCUCGACCUUGAACGCCAGGCUACAGCAGGCGCUCCUGGAAUUCCGGCGGGACAAGGUCUCCAGACAAAAUGCCAGAUUGUCGCUGGCAAACGCUCUGUACGAGAAUCCUUCGUUACCGCGGCGGAAGCUACUUCUCAGCACCGGCGGUCAGAAUUACCGGCCGCCGCUCGAGCGAUCGAAAAGCGCGCCGAAACUGUCGGCGAUCGAGGAGGACAUCGUCGCUGAGGAGAUCGAGCAGCAGAGGAUCCUGGAUGAGCUGAGGACGUUGGAGAACGUGGCACGCAGCUGGCAAGACCAAGACAGCUGGAGGCUCGCUCGGCUGCUCGACGCUUUGAAUCGCGAGUCCUCCGACGAGAACGGAAGUAUCUCCAGCGGAUGUGAGACAGCCAGCACGGCGACCAGCGAGGAAAGAGCUCCUGGCCCGGAGGAUCAUCACGCCACAGGUACAGGUGAGACAGCGGAGACGCCGCACGGACGAAUGGACAGAAGAGUGAUGUUCGCGAACGAGGCGGUGGUGCGAGGUGCAGGCCCACGAAGAAACUCGGACGGUUCCCCAAACUUCAUGACCUGCGCCGGCAGUCCGCGUUUUCACCGUCGGAAUAUCGUGCACACCGGCCGAGAGAUGUUCCCGUCGCGGAAGGACGAGGAGGACGAGUCGAUGGAGGAGGAAGACGAGGAGAUAGAGGACCCAGCCUCGCACGUGUUCGACUUCGAGGACGCCGAGGACUUCGACGACGUGGUCGACUACAGGCCGAGGGGCGAGAUACUACGCAGGCUGGACGACCCGCAGGAGAGACGAGUAAUGGAGAAAUACCCGGGCAGGAUGAGCCACGACUUGCUGCAGAACGACGAGUCCCCUUUCUUGACCCUGGACUCGUUGGACGAGGAAGUGGACAGCGACGAGAGCGGCUACGUCGAGGCGCCGCCCAAGUCUCUGUUGAGCCAAGACGAGCGAAAGGACGAGGAGGAGAGCAACAACAAGGAUCAACUUCUCGAGAGUGAAACAGUGAAAAACGAGGAUUCGAAGGACGCAGCGAAAGAGGUGGAGGAAGAGGGGGAGGAGAGUGGACAGGAAGAGGAGGCGAAGGACAGUUUGUUGGCCGUGGAGAACAAUCAGAGGAUCAAAGAGAAGGAGAGGGAGAGAGCCGAUUUCAUCAAGUGUCCCAUCUCGGAGACAAUCAAGAAAUUGGCGAACGCGUCGCUGAAGAGCUCCAAGUCUUUGGAAAUGACCACGAGCAGCUGCUUGAAAGCUCUGAAUAAUCUGAAGACCUCCAAGUCGUUCGACGGCGUUAAAACCGUCGCGGAGAUGGAGGGCGAGUCGCCGAGUCUUCAUCAGAGGAAGCAGUUGCUCGCUCAGCAAGGCGUUAUCGUUUGAACAGCUGGCCUAAAAGGAGUAGAGACGCGCGGUAGCCGGAAGAUUCUUUCAUUCUGGGCUCUGUCUUGGGUUCUACGAUCGUCGACAAUGUCGGCGAGUUGAUGGAGAAUUAACGACAGAAUUAACAACCAUCUACGUCGCGUUUGUUAGACAAUUUUGAAACGCUAGGCAAGUUCAAAUCGUUCGGGAGAUAUAGCUGCGAGAUGCUCGUUUUGUUCAAUCGACGAGAGUCUCUUUAGUAAACUUUAGUUGUAUCCGUCGUUGUAUUGAUUUAACAGAAACGAAGCGCGGACGGGUAUGUAAACGUGGAAGAAUUUGCGAGGAUAUACAUACAUGUACUAUCGAGUUGCUGAGAUUUAAAGAAAUCGGAACGGGCGAGUUUGAUUCGAGUUAAAUGUCGAGUUAGGUGCCCUAUUGAUCGUAUAAGUCUGAGGUUCAGGUUGAUUAUUAGUUGCAUCGAGACUACACUUGGCGAGGCAUGGUACAAUUAUUCACGAUUAUCGAUUCACUCGAGUGUGUUACUUAGAGCGUAGAGGAAAGCGAGAGGUAUUUCUGGUGUGAGAGCGGAAUUUUUUAAAUAAUACACUGUCACUUUGUUUAAAAAGGGAAGAAGAAUCAAGCCUUCGAGAGAAUAUUACGACAAAGCUGAUGAAAAUAAUAUAAAACUCGCACAAAAUAGACACUGAGAUGAUAAUUUUAUAAAUACAUCUGAGAGACUUCGGGGCGCUUUUUAAAGUAGAGAGAAAGGAAACUUUUUAAACGAAAUCUCCAUAAUUUUUUAUUUACAAAGUUGAAAUAAAAUAUUAUGAUGUACUCGUGACGAACGAUGUAACGCUUGAAUCUAUUUAAAUCCAUCGCCGCUUUCUGCUUGCCGAGAAUAAGAUUGAAAGGCCCUACAACUUCGUUAUAGUCGCAUCUAAAUUAAUGAUAUGCAUCUCUUGAACAGGAACGUGCCAUACGUAUGUACACCCCGGAUACGGUAUGUUUCUUCUGUAUUUUCAUACACAGUUUCUCUUCUACGCAUGUACGGAAGUUUUUUCUUUUUUUCUUUUUUUUUUUCUUUUAGAAAAAAGAAGUUUAAUAUAUAAUAUAUUAACGAAUCGUCUGGACUGAACACUUUGAUGAUUACCCAUGUAUUUUGGUGUCUAGCUAGAACCUAAGCCGCUCGUUUAUCAUGAUACACGCGAAAGAAUCCAAGAUAUAUUGUCACCAUUGCUGUACAAGGAAGAUUUGAAGACCAAUAAAAGAGGAAAGAAAAAAAACAUUCUUGAAAAUCUGAAA